UGAUUUUCGAUUUUUAAGGAGGCAAUUAUUGCUUAUGGCUUCAUGCAGCAUGUGCCCUUGCGAUGAGUCGUCGCUGGGUCAAAAGAACAUGUUCCUUGGCAGUGGUGGUGAGUCAGAAGCUCCCUUCCGCUAGAUACGCCUACGCUCUUACAGUAAGAACUGGUCCAGUCUUGGCUUCCUACGCGACAGUUUAUUGCAGUUGCGCGUCAUUUGGUGUGAAGGAUUUUUUCUUGUCAUUAUCUAAAGCAUGUCAUAAGAGUGUCGCAUCUUGCGACAUUCAACACAUUCAGACAUAACAUGAAAGUCAUUGGCACGAUCCUAACACCUACUGG